UGCUACAAAAUACACGUUCUUUCUUCCGUCGGCAAAGAUGGUGUUGGAUAUUGAAAAAUUUCGUGCGGACAAAGGUGGAGAUCCAAAUAAAGUUAAGGAAAAUCAAGCAAAAAGGUUCAAAGAUGUGACGUUGGUAGAUAAUGUUGUAGGUCAUGAUACUCUUUGGAGAAAAGCCAGAUAUAGGGCUGAUCUACUGAACAAACUGAAGAAUGUUUGCAGUAAAGCAAUUGGAGAGAAAAUGAAGAGAAAGGAGGAUGUUGGGGUGGAGGCCAGUCUGCCUGCAGGGCUGCUCGAUGACCUGGACACACUCACACUGGAAACACUUACUGAAUUGACAGUGACGCAAAUCAAGGCUGUGCGUGUGCACAUAGAUGAGCAAGUUAGGAUUAAUGAUGAUAGUUUGAACCUGCAUGAGCAAGACCGCAAUGAGGCUCUCAAAGAAGUCGGCAACCUGCUACACGAAUCCUGCGUCAUCUCUAAUGAUGAGGAUGAGAAUGGGAUAGAGAGGACACAUGGGGACUGUGAUGUGAGAAAGAAAUACUCACAUGUUGACCUGAUUGCCAUGAUUGACGGGGUUGAUGAUGCUAGAGGGUCCCUGGUAGCUGGCGGAAGAGGCUAUUACCUGAAGGGACCAGCAGUAUUUCUGGAGCAAGCUUUGAUCAAUCUGGCACUGGGCCUGCUGCAUGAGAAAGGUUACACUCCACUCUACACUCCAUUUUUCAUGCGAAAGGAAGUCAUGCAGGAGGUUGCACAGCUCUCCCAGUUUGAUGAGGAGCUUUACAAGAUUAUAGGGAAAGGCAGUGAAAAACAGGAAGAUGGCAGUAUAGAUGAGAAGUACCUAAUAGCAACAUCGGAGCAGCCGAUAGCGGCCUACCAUCGAGAUGAAUGGUUGCCCACAGCGACCCUGCCCAUCAAGUAUUGCGGGUUGUCUACCUGCUUCAGACAGGAGGUGGGAUCACAUGGGCGAGAUACACGAGGCAUUUUCCGCGUACACCAGUUUGAAAAGGUGGAACAGUUUGUGUUGACUUCGCCACACGAGAACAAGUCUUGGGAGAUGUUUGAUGAGAUGAUUGGCAAUGCAGAGUCUUUCUAUCAGGCUCUGGGAAUCCCCUACAGGAUUGUCAACAUUGUGUCAGGUGCGUUGAACAAUGCAGCGUCCAAAAAGCUGGAUUUGGAGGCAUGGUUUCCGGGGUCGGGAGCAUUUCGGGAGCUGGUAUCCUGCUCAAACUGCCUCGACUACCAAGCCCGCAGGCUGAAGGUCCGCUAUGGACAGGUGAAGAAAAUGAACCAAGAGGCUGAAUAUGUACACAUGCUGAAUGCCACGAUGUGUGCAACAACAAGGGUUAUAUGUGCGAUCCUGGAAAAUUACCAGACUGAAGAUGGCGUGCUUGUACCAGAGAUACUCAAAAAGUUCAUGCCAUCGCAAUACAGUGAAAAGCUGCCAUUUGUGCGACCGGCCCCAAUAGAGGAACAGGAAGCAAAGAAACAGAAGAAAAGUGGCGGGAAAAAAAAGGUUGGGGGUAAAGGGGACGGGACCGCCCCUGUAGAUGGGAUCAAGGACAUGGCCAUUGGGGGCAACUGAUGGAGGGCAAAAUUAUGAAUGCUAUUUUGUCAUGAAUCUUUUAUGAUGAUUUAAAUUGAAAGGUUAUUUCACAGGAUUUUUUUGGAAGAGCACAGUUGGUUAUAAUUUCUUACAUACUCAUGUCUUGACCUGUUGUUAUAUGUAAUAAUAUAUGUAAUUGAUAAGUUUAAAUUUUACCUUUUUUAUUGUGUGAACCAUGACCAUUGUGACUUUAAUAUCAAUUUGAAUGUGUUUUCUCAGUAGUCAAUUUUAUCUUACUUUGAAAAGCUUAACUGCGAGUUUCAUUUGUUUGAUAUUGACUUUAAAUAAUUACAAUGUAUUGGUAUGUCAACUGCAAAGCCAAGAUAUAGCAAUAUAACAUAGAUUUUACUCUCUUUUUUAAAUAUCUCUGCCUAAAUUGCGAUUCUAGGUUUUAGUCAAAUUGAUGUCAUGCCUUAAGUCCUUUACUUAUUUCAGGUUGUAAAUCCUAGCCAUACAUGAGCUGUAUCUAGUUAUGUAAUCCUACUUCUGGUUGUAAGAAAGCUGGAGAUCAUCAAGUCUGUGGCAGAACAAUUGUCCAGGGUUAAACAUGUUCCAACAUUGUGUUUAAGUCAUGAUGCAAGAUUUAUAUGAUGUCUUUAAAAGUUGUUCUAAAAUUAUUGAAAUGGCCUCAAUCUUACAAUAAGAAUACUUUCACUGUAUUGUAUUUAUUUUGCAUCUGUUAAAUGAAAAAUAUAGCAAUCACCUUGUUA